AUGGCUCAAUUGGUCGUACAAUCUCGGUUUGCCGGUCUGAAGAUCGAGGAUGACGACUACCCUCCCACCGAAAAUCAGAAGUCUAAAAAGUCGAAAGUGAACAACACUAAAAAGACUGAACCUCCAAAGAAGCAAAAAAAUGUUACAAAUAAACCCCAGCCUGGACCAAAAAAGAAGAAGUCUAAACCACAACAAGUAUCUGCCGAUCAGUGGGAACUGUGGAAACAGAAGGAUGAAGAAAUGGUGGUUGGCCAUUUUGAGGAUGAACUACAGCAAGCUAUAUUACUAUCAAAGCUUGAUUUUGAAAAGGAGGAAGGAAGAGUAUACCUACAAACUAAGGAGAGUGCAGAAUUUGAGGAAACGAUUAGUGAGCUAAGCAAGCAAGAAGCUAAGAAACUAAAGAAAAAAAAUGUCAUGAGCCUGGACCAGUUCAAUGACAUGGUGAAUGCUGGAGAGGAAUUGAAAUUACCACCCCAUGUUAAUGAGAAGUGUGUGCAGGAAGUUCCAAAGUCUCCCGGUAAGGAUCCAGGGUUUUUCGACAGAGUUAAAGCUGAGACUAAGAAAGAACUUUUAAAGGAAAAAGUCGUUGACAAGCCCAGGGUACCACCUCCAAUAAGUAAUGAAGUUAUUACCAGAUUACAAUUUACUGACGCAUUGGAGAGAAAGGACCAGGAGAUAGCAACACUGAAGGAAGAGGUUGAAAACCUCAAACAUGAACUUUUCACGGUGAAAUCCAGAAACAAGAAGCUGUGUAAUAUACUUGGACAAGGAGAGAUGAAAGACAAAGCAGAAGUGUUAAUAGAGGUGGAGCGACUGCGGUCGGUGCAGGCCGAGCUGACUGCAGAGCUGGCUACGCUACACACAGACCUGGAGAAGGAACGCUCCAAGAAUACUGACCCUAGAGCCCAUAAAGACAAGAAAAAUACCACAAAAAAGAAAAACAUUCGUUUCGAUGUUUCGUCAGAAGCUUUACUAGUAAAAGAUUCGAGUUCCGGUACAGGUUAA